UAUUUUAGAAUUGAUUUAACAAUGUUAAUAAAUGAACUUCCUGAUGAUUGUUUGCUGACUAUUUUUGAUUGCAUACGAAAUUUAACGGAUUUAGUAAACUGCUUCAAAGUUUGUAUAAAAUGGCGUAAUUUGAUUAUUGUCCGGACUAAAAAAGUUAAAUAUUUUAUUGGCCGAUCAAAUUAUCCGCCUGAUUCUGUUUGUCAUUUAUCAGAUGAGCCUUUUGAUGUAACAUUUUUGAGCAAAUGGUUUCCAAAUUUAAGGAUUUUCGACAUUUUCACAUGCGAAGGAAUAUCAAUCGAUGUUGCAGCUAAACUAAUCAGAGAUUCAGAAUCUUUGAAAGGAAUAAUCGCUGAUAUCUUCCUUUGCGCGGGUGAUUUGCAACGGAUACUGAUGAAUGAUAAUCUCGAAAUGUUAUCUACUGAUUAUAUGCGUUUAGACACAAUUGAAAUCAAUGAAAAUAUGAAGCAAUUGUGCCUCUCGAGCUCUAAUGGAUUUCUAUCAAUACAUGUACUUAAAAAAGUGGCGCAUUCUUUCCCAAACCUUGAAAGGCUGCAUACGUAUUGUCAGGCAGACAUAGCAAGUCAGUUCACCAAUGGUGCAGUAAUGGCAAAUCUCAAGAUAUCAGGAAUUGGGGUUGUAUUCUUAUGAUUGGACACACUCUUCUUGGUCACUUGAAGUCAUGGAUUCAUUUCCAGCGUUACAGAGUGCUUAUAUCAGCAUGGAUUGCUAUCAUAUUACCGUCAAUGAUUCAAUAAAACAAGCAAACUUACAAGAUUUAGUUAUUCAAUGCUACGAACCAAUCGAAUGGGAUAGUCUACGAAGAUUAAUGUCAAAAUAUCCAAAUAUAAAGCAUUUGGCAAUGCGAGGCAUCUCUCCAAAAGAUGAAGACAUCAAACAAUUAAUAUUAAUGUUGCCAAAACUAACACUACUUGAUAUUCGUGAAUCUCGUGGAGUCACUCAAGAAGCUGCUGAUCAUGUUCGGGACUAUUGUAAGCGUUAUGGCCGAUCAAUCAAGUUUUAUUAUAAAGAAGACGACAAACAAAUUGAAUCUGAUUGGCCGAUGUCAUUAAAUCGACCAGUACAAAUUUGUCGUGGAUUUGAUUUCAUGGAACAUUGUUUUUUCAAAAAAUUUUAUCAGUUGCCUCAUUUUUUGGAUCCAAUAGAUGAUUAGAGAUGCAAAAGUUAAAAUUGUCGAUUCCUCUGUAUCCAACUUUUAUUUCAGCUGUAAAGUUUACGAUAUUGAAAGAAAUGUAAUCCUUGAUAUCUUAAUCAGACCAUAGUUAUCGAUCUUAGACGGACCACCGGAUCUUUUGUUUACCUGCGCGGUUAUUUAUUACAAUUAUUAUAUUUAUCCUGUAUAAACUGGUCUAGUUUACCAGCUAACU